CCUUGAGUCACCCCGGUCCUCUCCACAAUUUGCAGUCAUUGCCCUUGUUCAAAUUUUCUGGCCGAACUUUGCCUCUUCUCGAACUUCAGUUGACGUCGAUGAGUCUGCAGCCAAUCACAGCCCACGCGUAACCGGUUACAACGACACCAGGAAAGCUCUCCCGACCUUACCAUCGCAACCCCCCUCCAACACGCCCGCCCCGCGACUCCGCAGCGCCCAACAAUGGCCAGCACGAAGCCAUUGACGAUGCUGGCGCGCAGCCGCCCAACAUCGACGCUCCUCAGGCCGUCGCAAUUCGCGUCAGGCCGCCUCCCGUCACCCGCCACCGUCGCCCGAUUCUCGACGACCUUCCCUCGAGCGGCCACCCCAGCAGGACCGCCGCCGCCCGGCUUCCGGUUACCUCGCCCGAAGCGAUGGGACGAAGGAGAGGGCUCGUUGGACAAGGCAGGCAAAUACUUCUUGCUGCUGGAGAUGUUUCGGGGCAUGUACGUUGCGCUGGAGCAGUUUUUCCGGCCUCCGUAUACGAUCUACUAUCCUUUCGAGAAGGGCCCCAUCUCACCCCGCUUCCGCGGCGAGCACGCUCUGCGACGAUAUCCUACGGGCGAGGAGCGUUGCAUUGCUUGCAAGCUCUGCGAGGCUAUUUGCCCCGCGCAGGCCAUCACCAUUGAGGCUGAGGAGCGUGAGGAUGGUAGCAGGAGGACGACGAGAUACGAUAUCGACAUGACGAAGUGCAUCUAUUGCGGUCUGUGCCAGGAGAGCUGCCCAGUUGAUGCGAUCGUGGAGGGACCAAACGCAGAAUAUGCGACGGAGACGAGAGAGGAGCUUUUGUACAACAAGGAGAAACUGCUGGCAAAUGGCGACAAGUGGGAGCCCGAGAUUGCGGCCGCUGCUCGCGCUGAUGCGCCGUACCGGUAAUGCCUGUUGGCAGCGAGUGCAAGAUCUGUAAAUAUUAGAGAGGUCAUGUCUAGCAAAAUCAGGUUUCAUUUGUGCAUCUACAGAAUAGUGGCAACAGUGAUAAUGCUCACAGCCAGCACCAAACGUGGCGGUACAUUAAGCAUGUCUUGAAGGGUUUGCCUGCUAAGCGCCUUCAGGACUAGCAUUCUGGCGUUGGAGGAAUGGAAGAAGGAAGGCAUAGGCAUGCUGGGUGUACUGUGAGUUACGAGCAUAGUCAUCGUCGUAGACCCGCGCCCAGCAAGGAC